UGGGACGUACAUAUCUAUUGUGCUCUGUGUUUAUGUGAGGAAUAAAACAGAAUGUUGGCCUCCCUAUCUGAAGUAGAAAACUUGAGGACAUCAGUAAUACCUAAUUUACAAUCCAGAUUGUCUAACGUCCAAACAGGGAUCACAGAUUUUCAGGCUGGGAUCUCUAAAGUGCAGACAGAAAUCAAAGAAACUGCACAGAAAAAGAUCACAGAGAUUCUAGAAAAACUUGACAAAGACGAACAAAUACUGAAAGACAUUGAAAAAUCUGAACUGGAUUCCGCUCAAGCUUUACAGAAUGAGAUCUUACAGCAUUUGGAAACUGCUCAAAGUUUAGUGAAUAGUGAAGACAAAAUGUCAGCAGAAGGCACCAAUAUAGAUACUGAAGUAAAACAGAAAGUAGACAAUUUAAAGAGUUUUCAGAAUUCCAUUCGUUCCAGUGAAUCUAUCUGCUGGUCAGAGGACAAAGAGUCCAGCAUUAAAAGAGACCUUGGGAUACUAGAUAAACCUUUUCUCCAGGCCCAAGUGUCCAUACCGCCACAGCCCAUACCACAGCCAACUCUUGGGGAUGUGGCAGUUCUCAAAAAACUACAGAUCAGUUCAUCCACCAACAUGGAUAUCACUCAGGGUCAGGAUGGGGUCAUCUGGAUCUCCAUGAAUAAAUUCCAGGUGAUACAGAUAAAUGAAGGAGAAAUCGGGGCCCAGUAUUUCACCAGGACUGUCAAUGACUGGAUGGAAAUCAACGAGAUGCAGGGUGUAGCGGUCAACAGAGCUGGACAUUUACUGACCACUGAUAAAAGCAGGAGAACUGUAAGUCAGUUCUCUCCUCACAGGAAAACUAAUAUGGAUCUUAUUCGAUGUGGGGACUGGUCUCCAACAGGGGGAAUUUGUUGUUCCUCUGACCAUAAAAUCUUUGUCAGCCUCCUGAACAACAAAAGAGGAAAAAUCUGUGUUUACACUUCUUCUGGAGAACUGGAAAACAGCAUAGAAAAAAGUUCUACUGGAAAACCUAUAUUUUCAUACCCAUGGUAUAUUGCAGUUAAUGAAAAUAAAAACAUUUGUGUAUCAGACAAAGCAAAAAAGUCUGUCCUAGUUGUCAGUCAGACUGGAUUACUUCAAGCAACAUAUCGUCCUACAAAAGGUACAUUUGUUCCAUAUGGGAUUGCCACCGACAAAUUCAACCACAUCCUAGUCGCAGAUAGUGACAAUAGUAAAAUUCACAUUCUGUCUGAGGCAUGUGAAGUGCAGCUUCUCAUUCAAUGUAAGGAUCUAGGCUUGUCCAAGCCAAGGUCAUUGUGUGUGAAAAGUGAGGGGGAACUGUGGGUGGGGAAUGGGGAAAAAGGGAUAAUUCAGCUACUACAGUAUAUCCAGUGAUCAAAAUAAAUUAUC